CUUACUCAAAUUCAAAGAGCCGGUGUCCUAGCAAAACGUUAGGAGCUGUUUUUCUUUUAAUUUUACAAUUUGGCUUACUGUUUACAAGUCAUUGUACAGUAUAUCAAUAGUCAUAUUGUAUCAUUAGGCUAAUCGAUAUUUCAACUCACUGGAUACGGAGGCGUUUACGUUUAAGGACCAAAUAACGAGUCUUCGCAAGAUCCGGAUGAGACGAGGAUUGGUGCCGCAUUUUGUCCUACAGCAACGUGGGUCACGCGCCAGAUAUAGUGGAACUAGAUCCCACAUCGGAAUAUUUGUAGAAUAAAUCUUCAAUUUCGUGGAUUACAGGAAUGCUGCUGUCUAAAUUAAACUCGUUCGCUCAUAUCUCCACCGUUGAUAUGCCGGCGAAAAUCCAGCUUCAAGUUCACCAAGGUUAGAUGACGCUUGUCUUGAUAAUGGUGGUUCGCUAUUAGCUAACGAGUAACAUGCUAUCUUGCUACUAGGCUAGCAAAACUGUAGUUAUCUAUUUUACGUAAUCUACAGUAACCGUUUCCCUAUUCGGUUAUUUCCACACUUUGCAUUCAACCAUGUAACAUAACACUAAUUAUGUGGAAGAGUUGUAUUAAUCGUAUGUUCUUGUAUAUUUACAGGGAAGGAGAGGGAGCCUUUUGAGAAGCUUUACCAGGUCGGCUCUGUGCUGGGAAGUGGCGGUUUUGGGACGGUGUAUUCUGGCACAAGAAUUUCAGAUGGAGCACUGGUUAGUAUUUCUUACAUUAUAUUGCCAACAGUCGCAUUCUUUAAAAAUAUUUAUAAAUACAAGUUGGCUAAUCAAUUAAUAUAUUUGCAUAUUUUCUCCUCUCUAAUAUCAGGUGUAAUUGAACUGAUCAUGUUUUCCGCACACAGGUUGCUGUCAAACAUGUGGCCAAGGAUCGGGUCUCCGAGUGGGGAGAGCUGGUAAGGAUGGUUUUGGUUGUGCAUUUUAGUUUAAGGACAUUUAUAAUUUUAGUUUAAGGACAUUUCAUAGUAUUUUGUUGUCCAGGGGACUGUGGAUCUGUCUCCAUUCGUACUUUAGUUAGUCGCGUGCGAUAUCUCAGACAGCACUGGUACGAUUUUAACAAAACGGGUGAAUGAUGCAUAUUGCCAUAGAGAUCUGGCACCUACAAAAUUACACUGAUUGGCCCAAGGCGGGAGCUAUAGUAAUUAACAGAAAUGUUAGUCACACGACAUAUCACAAUUGGCCCAAGAGGGGGGCGCUGCAUCAUUCGUGGGGGGACGACAUGUGUAUUAUUGCCUUCACACAAUUGGCGGCUGAAAUUAACCAGAUUUCAAUUUUAUUUUUAGCCCAAUGGCUCUCGUGUCCCCAUGGAGAUUCUACUCAUGAAGAAAGUUGGAAAUGGAGCUCGGGGCGUGAUAAAGAUGCUGGACUGGUAUGAGCGACCUGACAGCUUUAUUAUUGUCAUGGAACGAUCGGAGAAGGUCAAGGACCUUUUUGAUUUCAUCACUGAGAAAGGUGCCUUAUCAGAGGAGCUGGCAAAUAACUUUUUCCGUCAGGUUCUUGAAGCCGUUCGACACUGCCACAACUGUGGGGUUGUACACAGGGACAUCAAAGAUGAAAACAUCCUCAUUGAUCUUCGGACAGGCGAAAUUAAGCUUAUUGACUUCGGAUCCGGGGCAUUGCUCAAAGACACUGUUUACACCGACUUCGACGGUAAGCAUCCUCAUUGAUAUACUCUAACCAUAGUCCAUUUUAGUGGUUAGUGAAUGUGUUGAUUUUGGCGCCACCCUUUGGAGGGAAAGUGCAUUUUUACAACUCGAAGUUUGUAAACAUUGUCACAUGUCAGGCUCUCCUCCCACCUCACUCUCACACAGACCUACUGUUAUGCUCACUGGCGCUUGACCUCAAUAGAAGGCACGCAGUGAUUAUUUAUAAUUGUUUAAUCCAUGUUAUCACAGAUGUAUUAAAUCAGUACUUAAUGUUUAUUUUUGUGUCCAUUUCUUAAGCAUUCUGUGUAUUUCUUCAUAGAAAUUGACCACAUCAUUGAAUUUAACCAUUAUUGUUAUUUCUCUAUCAACAGGCACUAGAGUGUACAGUCCACCUGAAUGGAUCAAAUACCAUCGGUACCAUGGGCGGUCUGCCACAGUUUGGUCUCUGGGUGUCCUGCUGUAUGAUAUGGUGUGUGGAGACAUUCCCUUCGAGCAGGACGAGGAGAUUGUACAAGGCCAGGUGCUCUUCAGACGAAGAAUCUCCACAGGUGAGCCCCAAUAACUUAAACAAAACAUCCUCACACCUAAUAAGCUACACCAGUGGAAUAUAUUGCUCAUGUAUUAGUCAUUGGGUGUCCAGUCUAAGCACUGACUAACCAUUAUCCCCAUUCUUCUUCCAGAGUGCCAGCAGUUGAUCAAGUUGUGCCUGUCCCUGAGGCCUGCUGAGAGGCCAUCGUUUGAGGACAUCAUCAAUCACCCAUGGAUGCAGAGCACAGUAUCCCCAGCAGAGCAGAGCACAGAGAUCAGACUGCACAGCAUCAGCCACGAGCCUGCUGCUUUCACCACCGUGGUGGCCCAAUGACUGUCACUGCACUGACAGAGACUAGUAGUACACAGAGGACUGACGUGGCUGUACACCAAAGACAAUAUGGACUAUACAGAAGGAAGUUACAGAUUUUAUUUAAAUAUCUCCCUCUUUCUCUUGUGGCCAGACCCCACCUGUUCACUCUCCUUUUGGACUUCAUGAAAACCAAACAUCCUUAAUGGCUACUUAAUUGGACACUGUAAUAUCAAAAGCUAUUCUCACCCCUACGAAGGACUUGCUCUGUAAUAUUGGCUGUGGUGUGAGAGUAUGUACACCAGAAAGGACAAAGUCCAUCCCUAUUCAUGUGAUUGUUCUGCUGAAGGUAUGAACAAGUGGACAGUCUUUUACAUAGCUAGCUACCAACCAGACACUGUACUCUGCCCUGCCUCACUGAUGAGUGGGUGUCAGAGGAAGCAAAGAGGAGCAAAUCGAAGUGCCUUCGGUGUGUCAGAUUGUUGGGGACCCUGGAAAUACUUGAAUUUCAUGAAGCCAUCAUAUCACUUCUUUUUUUUUCUGCUUUUGUCUUAUAGGACUAGAUCAGUAAAGCCUAUGCCAUUUUCCAAUGUCAACAGCAGCCAGAGAACCUCCUAUAGUACACACAAACCUGUGCAAACAAAAACCGGAAGACUUUCCUGCAUCCACCUCCGAGCUUUUAACGCCGGUCUACACACAACUACCACUCACCUAGACCUGAAUGCACACUGCAAUGCAAAGCACCACACUAAAAUAUUAAAUGUUCUGCUUUUUUGUUUGCGUAAACAUGUAUCUGUCACCUCACAGGCUAGGAAUAAGGCUAUGGUGAAUAAUAUUUAUGUGUGAUUUCUCUCACUCGAGCUAUGUGGAAUUAUUUAUUUAUUUAUAGAGAAUUUCGGCUGUAUAUUUCAUUCCACAGUUGUUGAAGGGCCCACAGAUUAUUUAAAUUUAUUUUGACCAUAUUUAUGGCUUGAAAUCUUCUGAGCAGAUGUUUGUGUAUAUAUGUGUAAAUAACCUUCAAAGCUCUUCCAUUUUAAUGUAUGUUGAAAGUCUACUGAUGGUAACUGUUUUUGUCUGCUGUUGAUUUGGAUGAAUUGACAUUGUUCUGAGUAAGCAAGUGUGUGUCAUACAUCAACAUUGUUUUCACCUCUAGUUGCAUGAUUGCGGCUUGGAUUGCUUUGUUUUCAUCCAUAUUAGAAUUGUAAAUUAUAUUAACUAUUUUUAUACGAUUUCAAUAAAUAUUUUUUUAACCUUGACUUUUGACCCAGUUUUACUUCAGGAGAUCAUGUCUACCAUGA